AUGAGUACAUACGAGCUUCAACCCAUGAUUUACCAGAAUCAACAACAUAUUCAACCGCAAACGUUAUCAACAUCAGAGCAGGCUGCUAUUGAAGAGGGAAUACAACAGAAGAUAACUUUUGCAAGACAAGAAUCGAAACAUCUCUAUGUGCAAAUUGAUAAGGUGAAAUCGAAGAUUCAAGAUGCAAAUUUAUUUGAAAUGUCACCACAGGUUCCCUCUCUGGCAAAAAAUAAGAUUAAUUUACAAUCUACAUUAACAUUAAAGGGACAUAAUAAUAAGAUCUCCGAUUUUAGAUGGAGUCGUGACUCUAAAUCUAUUUUAAGCGCGAGUCAAGAUGGGUUCAUGUUAAUCUGGGACACGGCAUCUGGAUUAAAGAGGAAUGCGAUACCACUGGAUUCACAAUGGGUCUUAUCUUGUGCUCUUUCCCCGUCUGGAAAUUUAGCUGCAAGUGCCGGUUUAAAUAAUAAUUGUACCAUAUAUCGUGUCUCCAAAGAGAAUCGUGUACAGCAAAAUGUUGUAUCUAUAUUCAAAGGACAUACAUGUUACAUAUCAGAUAUCGAAUUUUUGGAUAAUAGUCAUAUAAUAACAAGUAGUGGUGAUAUGACAUGUGCCUUAUGGGAUAUUCCAAAGGCCAAGAGAGUAAGGGAAUAUGCAGACCAUCUUGGUGACGUAUUAGCGUUGGCUUUACCGCCACCAUCAGCAGAUGAAAAUACAGGAGCUAAUAUAUUUGCUAGUUGCGGUUCUGAUGGUUAUACGUAUAUUUGGGAUACGAGGACAUCGGCUGCAGUACAAAAAUUCUUUGCCAGCGAUACUGAUGUCAAUGCAAUUCAAUUCUUUAAGGAUGGGAAUUCCAUUGUUACUGGUGGAGAUGAUGGUGUCAUAAAUAUGUUUGAUUUAAGAUCCGAUUGUGCGAUUGCAAGUUAUUCCUUGCAACAAGGAAUACAGAAAGAAAUAAGAGACCCUACAUAUAUGAGCUCAAAUAUGGAAUAUUCGAGAGGCUCACCACAAUCGCCAAUUUCAACGGCAAUAAGUUCCAGUUAUCUAGAUAAUCAAGGUGUAGUUUCUUUGGAUUUCAGUAAUUCUGGAAGAUUGAUGUUUGCAUGUUAUACCGAUUUAGGUUGUAUUAUAUGGGAUGUAUUAAAGGCUGAAAUUGUGGGUAAAUUGGAAGGUCAUUCUAAUAGAGUUUCAAGCGUAAGGACAAGUCCCGAUGGGUUAGGUGUUUGUACAGGUUCGUGGGAUUCGACAAUGAGAAUUUGGUCUCCAAAUUAUAUGUAA